CCAAUUUUGGAAUUAUUUUAAUUAUUUCGUAAGUGAGUAUAAGCAGUUAAAAUAUUUAAAAAUGUCAGAAGAAACAAUUAUGUCAAUGAAUGAUCCGGCAAUCAAAAUUGAACCGCCAGAAUAUUUAGAAGAAGACAUUAAACACGAAAUUCAGGAUGAUAUUGAUGUUUCUAAUGAUAUUGUUAAAUCUGAAUCGUGUUCUGAGGAUGAUGAAACCUGUUUAGAAAGAUUCAUGAACUCUGAAGUGACAAUCGAAGAAGAAGUGAAACAGGAGUUAGUCGAGCCAGCAGUUUAUGAAUGUGACAUUUGUGAUCAAUCAUUUGCAGAAUCUGAUCAAUUAAAAGAGCAUAUGGUCGAUCACAAGCCUAGUAAUAGCAAAGAACGCCCUUUAAAAUGCGAAAUCUGUCAUAAGACUAUCAAAACAAAACGUUAUAUGAAAACUCACAUGCUUUUGCAUAGCGGAGAACGCCCCCAUAAAUGCAGUAUAUGCAAUAAGACAUUCGCACAAUCAAGUUAUCUGAAAACACACAUGCAAAUUCACAAAGGAAUACGCCCUCAUCAAUGCAAUGUUUGUAACAAGACAUUCACGGAGUUAAGAAGUCUCAAACGUCACAUGCUUAUUCACAAAGGAAUACGCCCUCAUCGAUGCAAUGAUUGUAAUAAAACAUUCACACAAUUCCAACAUCUGCAAAGACACAUGCUGAUUCACAAAGAAAUAUGCCCACAUCGAUGCAAUGAUUGUAAUAAGACAUUCACACGAUUCGAUCAUCUGAAAAGACACAUGCUGAUUCACAAAGAAAUACGCCCUCAUCGAUGCAAUGUUUGUAAUAAGACAUUCACGGAGUCAGGUGGUCUCAAACGUCACAUGCAAAUUCACAAAGGAAUACGCCCUCAUCCAUGCAAUGUUUGUAAUAAGACAUUUGCACAAUCCGGAAGUCUCAAACGUCACAUGCAAAUUCACGAAGGAAUACGCCCUCAUCGAUGCAAUGUUUGUAAAAAGACAUUCACGGAGUCAGGUGGUCUCAAACGUCACAUGCAAAUUCACAAAGGAAUACGCCCUCAUCAAUGCAAUGUUUGUAAUAAGACAUUUGAACAAUCCGGAAGUUUCAAACGUCACAUGCAAAUUCACAAAGGAAUACGCCCUCAUCAAUGCAAUGUUUGUGAUAAAACAUUCACACAAUCAAGUAGUUUGAAAACACACAUGCUGAUUCACAAAGGAAAACAUGGCAAUUUAUAG